CGGAAGAGGCGCGCGGGGCGCAGGCGCGGGGAGGCGGCGGAGCGGGCGGAGCGGCCCCCUUGCGGGCCAGAGGCGCGGGCCGGCAGGUGGGUGCGGCGGGCGGACGCCAGGAGCGCGGCGGCGGCGGUAGCCGCAGCAAGUGGUUGGGCCGCGCUCAUUUUUUCCUCCCUCUUUUCUCAGUCCCUCCCCGGGCCCGGGCUGCCCGCGCUCCCUGCUGCUGCGGCCGCUCCCCGCGCCGCCACCCAUGUCCCUGCCCGUGGUUCUCCCGGGCUCUUGCUGCCCGGUGGCGGGCUACUCUGGCGGCCCGCAAGCCGGGGUCCCGGGCAGCGCGGCGGGAGCCGCCGCCCAGGAGCCCCCGCUGCCCCCGCUGCGGCCGCGCUGGACCCGGGCGGUGCAGCCCCACGCGCGGCCUCGCUGCGCCGCCGCCUCGGCCUCCGCAGCCCCCGGGCUGCUGGCCGCGCCGCCCGCGCUCUCCUCCCGCCGGGCCGCCGCCGCUGCGCCGGGCUCCGCGCUCCUGCCCGCCCGCCCGCUGCUGUCGCUCGGGCUGCUGCAGCUCAUCCUCGGCUGCUGCAUGGUGGCGCUCAGCUUCGGGGCGCUGUCGCUGAGCAGCUCCCCGCAGGUGAAGAACUCGUGCCCAUUCUGGGCCGGCUCCUCGGUGAUACUUUCUGGAAUCAUAGGAUUAACAACUUGGAAACGGCCUAUGAUACUCCUGGUAAACCUCUUUGUGCUGCUCUCCAUAGUGUGUGUGCUCUUAAAUUUAGCUGGAUUCAUCCUCGGCUGCCAGGGGGCCCAGUUUGUGUCCAGCGUGCCUAGGUGUGAUCUGGUGGACUUAGGUGAAGGCAAGAUUUGCUUCUGUUGUGAAGAAUUUCAACCAGCCAAAUGCACAGAUAAGGAAAAUGCCUUGAAACUCUUUCCAGUUCAGCCUUGCAGUGCUGUUCACCUUCUACUUAAGAAAGUCCUUUUUGCCCUGUGUGCCUUGAACGCCCUGACCACCACCGUCUGCCUGGUGGCAGCCGCCCUUCGCUACCUCCAGAUAUUCGCCGCCAGAAGAUCCUGCAUUGAUGAGUCCCAGCUUUCUGUGGAAGAAGUGGAGGAUCACGGGCGUCUCCCCGACCCCGAGGACUUCGUGCCGCCGGCGCCGCCCCCCUCCUAUUUCGCCACCUUUUACGCCUGCACCCCAAGGAUGAGCCGCAGGAUGGCGGGCCACGAUGUGAUCCCCCUGCCACAUAUCUAUGGAGCUCGAAUCAAAGGUGUGGAGGUGUUCUGUCCUCUGGAACCACCGCCACCCUAUGAGGCUGUGGUGAGCCAGCCGGAGCAGCAGCAGAGAUCUUCAUUCCAGAUGCCAGAGGGAGCAGAAGCUGCUACAAGCCCAGGGGAACUGACCUGCACACCAGUGACCCAAGCAUCAGUUGGAGACAGUCCAAAUGCGCCAGUGGAGAGCUCACCCACAGCAGCUCCCAGCUCAAGCCAGCUAUGUCCAGAGAGAAACAGCAGAGCCCAUCAGCCCCUGAGGACAAGAUCAAAGAGUGACCCCAUGCUCCAUCAUUCCAUGGAGAGAGCUCCCGUGCUCAGCUGUGAAGCUGCCACCCAGACUGAGGGAAGACUGCACAUGGCUACGGUGACCUUGAGGAGAGGCCUUCGAGCCAGAGCUUCAAGGUGCAGACCAAGGUCACUAAUCGAUUACAGAUCCUACAUAGACACCAAGCUGCUGGUGGCCAGAUUCCUGGAGCAGUCAUCCUGCAGCAUGACCCCGGACAUCCAUGAACUUGUUGAAAACAUCAAGUCUGUUCUCAAGUCAGAUGAGGAGCACAUGGAGGAGGCCAUUACAAGUGCCAGUUUCCUAGAGCAGAUCAUGGCCCCUGCGCAGACCUGUGCCCCCCGGACACUCACACUGUCCUCACCGCCCUGGAGGAGGCAGCCCGACCUGCUGCACCUGUGGAGCUGCGGGGACCUGAGCACCUUCACACAUACCGGGCGGCGCCCAGCCCAGAGGAGGCCCGGUCGGAGCGCUGAAGCCGAGCGGCCUCACAGUCUCAUCGGAGUCGUCCGAGAGACUGUCCUGUGAGCCUGGGGGCAGGAAGGAGGAAGCUGGGCCAGACCAGAGAAGACCACUGCAUGGGUUGGACUCUAUGCCUUACCCUGAGUUUUCCUAGGCUGGAGCUGGGGAUAUUCUCUGGGGACCUCUCAGAAAAGGGGGAGAGCAUUUGGUCCCCCUUGUGACUCCCCUUUCUGCUAACUCAGGGCUUCGAGGGGUAAGUGGGUGCAUCCCUGCAGGCCCCUGUGGGGUCUGGGGGCUGUGAAGGCAGGUCUCUCCUGCCCUCAACCACACACUUAUGGCUCUCCUCUUUUGCUCUUCACCUCCUCUUUACCUGGGCUACUUAUAACCCCCUGCUGGGACCUUUCCAUGCUCAGGAGGGAGACAGGGAGGGACAGACAGAAAGAAACAGGGUGAUUUGCCCUGACACUGUGCAUCUUCUGCAGCCAGCCAGCCAGCCUCGUUUCGGGUCACCCUCGAAUCACACUUUGUAGGCCCAGCAGGAAACGCCUUCGGUGACAGAUUGUAAUGAGAGAAUUUAGGAGGACAGUGACUGAUCCUGUUUUACCCCCUGCUUGCACAACUAGAGUCAACCAAGAUGGAACAGAGAAUAAAAAAGGUGUCCUUUGUA